AGUAACAAAAUAAACAACGAAAACGUCAACACUAGAGACGUGUAGGAUUUCCGUUAUACAAAUUUAAUACAUUUCUACUAUAAGACGUCGUAGGAUCUGCUGAACGGUUUUGUUAUAAGCUAUUUGGUAAACUUCCUUAGAAUAGUGUCCUUUUUCAGUAGUGAAACUAAAACCACCAGCGAAAUGUUGAAGGCGAUAAUUUUGAUCGGAGGCCCCGAGAAAGGUACCCGAUUCCGACCGCUUUCGUUGGACACUCCGAAACCUUUGUUCCCCGUGGCUGGCAAACCAAUAAUUCAGCACCAUGUGGAGGCAUGCGUUCGAAUUAAGGAACUUAAGGAAAUUCUCAUUCUUGGCUUCUACCCGAGCUCACAGCUGCAACAGUUUGUCAGUAAUAUGCAAAAUCUGUACGACGUAAACAUUCGCUACCUGCAGGAGUUUACUUCACUGGGGACAGCCGGUGGAAUGUACCACUUCCGGGACCAAAUUCGAUCCGGCAAUCCUUCGGCGUUCUUUGUGCUAAACGGAGAUGUGUGCGCUGAUUUUCCCUUGCAAGAGCUGUACAAUUUUCAUCUCAGUAAAGGCGAGAAAGCUUUGGUUUCAAUCAUGGGUACGGAAGCAACUCGCCAGCAAGCGGUUCACUAUGGAUGCCUGGUUCUGGGCAAGGACCAGGAAGUCACACAUUACGUCGAAAAGCCGCGCUCCUAUGUUUCAACUCUCAUUAAUUGUGGCGUUUAUGUUUGUUCUCUGGAAGUGUUCGGUCGUAUGGGUACUGUAUUCCAUUCGAAACAACUAGAUUACAAUAGUCUAAACAAUGGUACUGGGAAAGACGUCGGUCAUAUACAACUGGAACAGGAGAUUCUUACACCGCUGGCAGGAACGGGUGUGAUGUUCGCUCUUCCGGUGACCAAUUGGUGGUCACAGAUCAAGACUGCCGGAUCGGCGAUUUAUGCUAACAGACACUUUUUAGCUCUUUAUAAAAACACCCACCCGGAACGGUUGGCGAACGCCGGAUUUAAAACAUCGGAGCAAGGCUCGGGAAGCUUAGUAUGCAACAUCAUUCCGGAUGUCCACAUACAUCCCACCGCUUCGGUGCAUCCUACGGCAACGCUCGGUCCGAAUGUAUCAAUCGGUCCAGGGGUUGUCAUCGGACCAGGUGUUCGCAUCCGGGAGUCUAUAAUUCUGGAAAAUGCUGUCAUCAAAGAUCACACCUUGGUUCUGCACAGCAUAGUGGGACGAAGUUCGCAAAUUGGGCUAUGGGCUCGCGUCGAAGGCACCCCGAGCGAUCCGGAUCCGAACAAGCCGUUUGCCAAAAUGGAAAAUCCACCACUGUUCAACAGCGAUGGGCGAUUGAAUCCAUCGAUCACCAUUCUUGGUUACGCGGUUAACGUUCCAUCGGAGAUGGUAGUUCUGAACUCGAUCGUCCUACCGCACAAAGAGUUGAAUCGCAGUUUCAAGAACGAGAUUAUUCUGUAGCGAGUAACGGAGGGAUAUCAGGGCGUUGAUCGUGGAUGUUACCACAGUAAAAUAAAUGUGCCAGUUAGGGAAAAUAAAAUUUUUCCGAAUA